UCACACACUGUUGGUGCCUAUAUGACUGUAGAAGGUAUAAAUACACCUAAACGUGCUUUUUCUUUUUGCAUAUCGGCUUAUAGUCUUUAACGGCGUUUUCACACUUAGAGCUUGUGCUUGGCAGACAUUCACAGACAUUCGCAAACAAUCGCGUUCGCGUGAGGACGUAACCAUAGCAACAGGACGCCGCUGCGGCUGCACGAAAGUUUUCUGGAAUGAGUAUGGGUCUAUGGGAUGGUAAAUCGACAAAAAGAUGAUUAAUAAGUAAUUCCAUGGAAGCUCACAGAGGAACAUCCACCUGUUCUGCUCUCCAUGCCCUGCCACAUUUCCCUUUUUCCUUUCAUGAAAACAUGACUCAUGAGUUACACCAACAAAGCUCUAUAUGGACUAGGAUUCAUUACAACGAUUGGUAGAUCUCUCACUGAAACAUGACCUCUCUUUUGACUACGAGUAUUUUAUAAGAUGAUACCUGAUGUGGAUUAUGAAAGAUCAGCUUGGAAGUCUUAAGGAGAAUAGAGUCUGGACUUGUGAGGGGUAAGUACCACAGGAACCAUUUCUGGAUCAAGGCCGCAGACACCAGCUUCGUAUAUGCAGGCCAGCAUGGCACCCAAGAAUGCUGUCACGGAGUCUGUUCCAGUGCUGGAAAUGGCAGUCGUAAAAGAAAAGGAUUCAAAUUGUGGACUAAAUGCAGACAAGGAUAAAGAGAGGGAAGUGGAGAUGUCAGAGGACUCGGCCAGUGAGGAUUCAAUAAACCACAUCCCAAAACGGUUAUGGGUCAUGCACAGUGCUGUCAUGUUCGGGAGAGAGUUCUGCUAUGCCAUGGAAACAGCGCUGGUCACUCCUGUGCUGUUGCAGUUAGGUCUCCCGGAGCAGUAUUACAGCUUAACCUGGUUCCUCAGCCCUAUUUUGGGUUUAAUUUUCACCCCUCUAUGUGGCUCAGCAAGUGACCGUUGCACUUUGAAAUGGGGUCGGAGGAGACCCUUCAUUUUGGCACUGUGUGUAGGCGUGUUAAUAGGAGUGGCCUUAUUUCUCAAUGGAUCUCUUAUCGGUCUGUCUCUAGGUGAUGUUCCCAGUAAUCAACCGGUUGGGAUUGUGCUGACCGUUGUUGGUGUGGUAGUUCUAGAUUUCUGUGCUGAUGCUUUAGAUGGACCAAUCAGAGCCUAUCUCCUGGAUGUGGCUGAUACCGAGGAACAGGACAUGGCUCUGAAUAUCCAUGCUUUCUCAGCAGGGCUAGGAGGCGCUUUAGGUUACAUGCUAGGAGGGCUGGACUGGACCAAUACUUUCCUAGGUCGAGCUUUUAAGGCCCAAGAGCAGGUCCUAUUUUUUUUUGCUGCCAUCAUCUUUAUAAUUUCUACAACGCUUCAUCUUUUCAGCAUUAAUGAGCAUCUAUAUAGUCCGAACCAGCAAGGGGUACUAAAGGAUGAGGAUGAAGAAAGGCCACCUCCUGUCCAGCUCUAUGGCAGCUUUCCAUCUACUCAUCUCAUACCUCAACUAGAACUGAUCCCGGAAGAGAAGCUAUUUUCAGCCCAUGAGGAUGAUCGCUCUGAGCGGGAUGUUUCAAUAGACUUUCUAAAUGACUUCGUGCGGAGUAAAAGUGACUCCGUUUUAGCCAUGCCAGAUUCUACAGUAGAGCUUAACCCAGACUUGGACUUGGAUCGUGAUGGGCAGUUUCUGUGCAACAUCAAACCUAUUUUAUUCCAAGACUUUCAGGGUCUACAAGAUGAUGGAACAACGUUGGAUUCCCACAACACUAGCCAUCCAGGUCAGUGCACUGACCAUCACUUACAGAAUUGUGAUAGCAAUGGGGAAAAUAUCUGUGGAGCUGCCAAAACUGGAAAUGGAAGCUUUGCUGUUUCUGGAAAUCCAAUAAAUGGAGCAGUGAAUGCAACCAAUCAACCAGGCAAAGUCGGUUUACGCCCAUCUGUCACCUCAAUGCGUCGCCGCCACCCUUCCUUCUACCGCCAGCCCUCCUUCACUUUCUCUUAUCAUGGACGUGUGGGCUUUCAAUGGCAAAGGCGCUACGGCAACAUGGCUGGGCCGAUCAAAUCUUCGCGAAGCCUGAAUGACAUCGACAAAAUCGAUAGACGGCAUGAAUGGCGGAAGUUGCAGCCAAGUCGUAUUUCUGCAUCCCGCAGAGAUGAAGAGGAUGAAGAGAGUGAGGAUGGGGAUAGUGGUACGACGGUCAAACUGCUCUGGCUGUCCAUGUUGAAGAUGCCACCCCAGCUCUGGCGUCUGUGUGUAUGUCACUUGCUCUCCUGGUUCUCCAUGAUUGCACAAGCUGUGUUCUACACAGACUUCAUGGGCCAGGUCAUCUUUGAAGGAGACCCGACUGCUGCUGCUAACUCCACUGCCCUGCAGAACUACAGUAAAGGUGUGCAGAUGGGCUGCUGGGGGCUUGUGAUCUAUGCGGCUACAGCUGCGCUCUGCUCAGAUGUGCUCCAAAGGAUCUUAAACAACUACGACCUAAGCAUAAAAAUCAUCUACAUGUUGGGGACUCUAGGCUAUACUGUGGGCACAGCCAUCAUGUCCAUCUUUCCAAAUAUAUAUGUUGCUAUGGUGAUGAUAAGCACCAUGGGAAUCAUUUCAAUGAGCAUGUCAUACUGCCCUUAUGCUCUUCUGGGACAGUACCAUGAAAUCAAAGAGUACAUUCAUCACAGCCCUGGAAACUCAAGGCGAGGCUUUGGCAUCGACUGCGCCAUCCUGACGUGUCAGGUGUACAUCUCUCAGAUUUUGGUGGCGUCGGCUCUCGGUGCAGUUGUAGAUGCUGUCGGUACGGUGAGAGUGAUCCCCAUGGUGGCAGCAGGAGGUGCCUUUCUUGGUUUCCUUGCUGCGGCUUUCCUCGUCAUCUAUCCUGAUACACUUGUUGAUGAAGAUGAUGACGACGAUGAAGAUGGGCAGGGCCUGAGUUCUGUUCAGUCAGAGGCAGCGUCCAGUAACAGUACAGAGAAACUCAGUGUUUCAAAGUCAAUGCCAAGGAACAGUUCCUGCAAGCUAGAGGCUGAAUCCACAGUUUGAGUGUUAGAACUUAAAAUACUUGAGUUAUUAAAGUACAAAUCGCAGAAUGCACAAGCAAGAGGGUCAUUGUCUAUCAUUCAUUCACUCCCUCAUAUGCUGAAUGUAAUUCUGUGGAUAUGGUACAGAGACAAACCUAUUUGAGUCAAAUAUGUGAUUUCUGAGAUUAUUUCUCAAGCUAUUUAUUAUUUGUGGCCAAAAUAUCCGUUGUCUGCACAAAAGUAUGUUUCAGUUUUGAUUUAGAUUUUUUUAUAACCAGGUUUACAUCACUACAUUUGAAAACAUUGUUUCACAUUCUAAUACUUUUUCUACACAUUUUAUCAUUUCACUUUACAAAUCAACAUUUGCAUUCCAGAUGUAAGUUUGCAUUUUUCAUUUUAGACUGAUUUUUUAUCAAUUAAAAUGUGUCUGAUUAUCAUUGUAUUUCCCAUCUCAGCCUCAUAUCAUAAGAAACAAUCAAGGGAAAGUUGAAAGGCUGCUGCUUCUGAGCUCAAAACGCUCACUUCUGUUUAGACUUUAUCUAUGCACAAUGCCACAUAUUUUUUUCUAAUAAUCCUAGACUUUGAGCAAGACAUUGGUUUUGAGAGUUGCCUUUAGUUAGUGAACUUGAUUUUCUUAGGUACACUAUUUUAAGGUAUGAAGAGCAUGGAAGAGCUGUGACACUGAGUAGGGAAAUUGCUUUGCUGUACAGCAGUGAUUGGUUUGUGAAAUGAAGAAGUGUGUUUAGCUGUCAUGGCAAUUUUUACUUGGUUUCAGCCUCCAUCGUAAGUGAUGACUCUCCAAUAGUGGCAGUAUUUUUUCAUAGUCAAAUUCAUAAUACUGUUCCAGUACUGUUGUAUAGUUAUUAUACACAAGUUAUUUAGCUUGUUUCUUGUUCAAGAAGACAGGCCAAAUAUUUCCUUUACUAGUCAGUCACAGAACCCCGCUGGCUAAGUGUAUGCUCAUAAAUGUAGAUUAGAUACAUUGCUGGAAGUGUGACAUCUGUACAGAGGUCAGUAGGCUGGCGUUGUAUCCUAUUUUAUCAAUCUGAAAGUUUUUCUUUGUGUGUGUGUGUGUGUGUGUGUGUGUGUGUGUAGGUUUCGUAAACAAGGU